AGAAUGUGAAUGGCGAAAGAUGACAUGGCAGAGGUAGAUCUGGCAUCAAACGGAGCGGAACCCCCCGGCGACGCCGCCUCGGUGUUCCCCUACGAGGAGUACGAAUGCAAGAUCUGCUACAAUUACUUCGACCUCGACCGCCGCGCGCCCAAGAUCUUAGAGUGCCUGCACACGUUCUGCGAGGAGUGCCUGAACACGCUCCAUCUCCGCGAGGAGCGGCCAUGGCGCAUCAGCUGCCCCGUGUGUCGCCACCGGACGCCGGUGCCGGAUUACCGGAUACAAAACCUGCCCAACAACACCAAGGUGACGGAGGAUUUUCCGCUCUACAUCGACUCGGACCCCCUGCCUCAGGACGCGCUGCCGCCGUACCCUCCCCCGCUGCACCCGGCCCUCGUCGCGCUGCGCCGCGAGGAGGCGUCGGGGGCGUCCAGCGUCGGCCAGGCGAGCCCGUCCACCACCGUGUCCACGGCCACGACCCUCUCCCAGGACUCGGUGCGCUACGACAGCUGCCAGAGCUGCAAGCGCGUGGCGCUGACCACCGGCUGCGUGUGCGUGAUCUUCUCCUUCCUGUCCAUGCUGGUGCUGCUGUUCAUGGGCCUGAUCUUUGUGCACAGCCACAGCAUCCCCCCGUCCCCGGCCGGACCCAUUUGCCUGUCGGUCGCCAGCAUCCUGGCCAUGUUCUCCGUGGUCGUCACGUGGCUCAUCUGCUGGCUCAAAUACAGACCCGACCACGAGACAGGCCGCGCAUCUGCCACCAGUAAUUCGCGGAGGAACGCCUGAUAGGGUGCUGACUGGGUAUCGACGGUGUUGUGCUGUGUGAUUGUGUACAUAGUACUGGUAACAGACAGGCCUACUCGUGCUCCCUUUACCUUACUUUUUCUAGGAGUAAAUCUCGCCCAAAAUGGCCUUUUAUCAGUAUAGCAAACACCCAAAGGCCUUUAUGUAGUUUGGAGCAAUAGGCCGAAAGGACUCUUGAUAAUCUUUUCCGUAAAUUAUGCACUUGAAGUCGCUGGGCGUCAGUGAGGUAACGUCUUAGACCCCGGUGUUGGUCUGAGCUGUGUCUGGGUGGGUGGCUGAAUGUGAAGUGCUCAUUUCCAGGGUUUUCUCCCUCCCUCCGAUCUUAUUGUGCUAAAUUAUAUGCAUAUUCCACUAUACCACUCACUGUAUGAUAACUGUUCACGUCAGCUCACUCCUAUAGCUCAACAAGCACUAUGCUACUGUACAGAUAUUUGGCGAUGUUCACUUUUCAGGUUUUCAGGUGACAGGCAGAGUUUUCGUUGAGGCUUCUUUUUUUUUUUUUUUUUUUUUUUUUUUUUUUUUUUAUGAAAAGCCCCUGAAAUGUGAUUCUAUUGUGAAGAAUCCCCGGCUCAAUGUGUAAAUAGUUCACAGAGGAGCAGCGAGUGCGCUUUACCUUGUCCUGUGCACGGAUGGCACCGUUUCCGCUGUCGCCGUGACAACUGCACCUCUUCCAUGCAGAAGGGACCCAGGGCCGAGCUUGUGAUUCUGCUCCUGUGUUUGGCUACUGUUUGUGUGCAUGCUAGGCUACUGAGGGGACAGGGCGUCCCACGACUCGCGUGCCUCACCUCGUUGCUGAAUGAAGCCACUCGUCACUGUAAUCAGAGGCCUCCGCCGCUGACUGCUGUCGGCAGGGAGUUCCUCCGGCUGUCACAUCACGUAAAAACAGGGUUUCCAACGUAGAGCACCUUUUUAAACUCAUAAAGUGGUGGUGGGGGUUUGAAGAAAGGUCAAAAGAUAUGAGGCAUAAUCCAUAGUUGUUGCUUUCAAGCUCAAGUUCACUUCUCUGCUUCCUUCCAAAGCUUCACUAUAACUCAUCUUUACAUCCCAUGAACAGCUUCUGUUCCUCAUAAUUAAGUCCUAAUUAGACUCUAGGAGCUUCGAGAGAUGACGUGGUCCUUCACGGAGCCAACUUGUUCACUGGCACAAUGCAAAUAUAACUGUAACUUUAUUAUACUUAAUAUGAUUCACUUCAUGUUGGGUUUCUGCUCAGACAUACAGAGCGGGGCUUUGUUGCGUAAUCCAAUUUUAGGCUGGAGUUAAAGGGGGCCGACCAUGGGCAGGCUUUUUUAUUCUGAGUAGUACUGUGAAGCGUUAUUCUGUGUAUGUAUCUAUUCAAUUAUUUAUUUAAGAAUGCGUUACCUUAUUUCGGUGCAGCGUACAAACCCCCAUGUUGACCUUCUUGUCGUGGUCUUCGCUCCCAGACCGUCCUUUAGUGAAGAAUUUGGACGUGGUCGUGAUUCCAACACCAAAGUGGUUUCAUCAGAGUGCUCCCUCACUGCACAGGGUAACAACUGAACACUAUAUAAAAUAACAACCCCCUCCAAUCUGAUGGCUGUGCUUGCUUCAAUCAUCCCGCUCUACCUUUUUCCAACUUCUUGCACUUUGACCCUCUUAUUUGACACAAGUAACGGGGUUUUAUGUAACAGUGUCGUAUUUAUUUAAGAGGACCUAGAUUAUGUUGUUGGUUUUUAUGAGAACUUGUGGUUGUUGUUUAAGUAACAAAAUGUAUUUGCACAGAGAAAUGUUCUUUAUGUGCUGUUUUACAUACAUAAACACAUUUCAGUAAUAAAGGAAACAUGAGUAAA